AUGGCUUCAAUUAAAUACUAUGCAGCUUAUUCUCUAUUUAAUUUAUUAAUUAUUAUUUUUAUUCCUAAUUGGGCAUUAACACAGACAAAUAAUUCAACAUGUCCAAAGAAUCCAAAUUCAGUUUGUACUGCUUUACCUUUUAAUAUUAGUAAUCCACCUGAUGUUUGGCUUAAUGUACCUAAAUUAAGCGUUGAUGAAAUUUCAUUAGUUGUAGAAGAUCUUAAAGCACAUGUAAGUCUUGCAGCUAAUGUUGCUAAUUUAGUUUCUCUCAAUGCUGGUGUUGAUGUAUCUAUUGAUAAAGUUAAUUUAACAAUCUUAGGUGUUAAAGCUCAAGUUCAAUUAGCUGUAUAUCUUGAUAAUGUUGCUAAAAUUGUUACACGAACAAUGGCUUCACUUGAUCUUAAUCCAUUACUUACAACAAUUAUUAAUGGUGUUUUUCGAACAAUUGAUAAUUUACUUUUUACACUUACACAAAAUGGACAACUUAUUCAUCAAAUUAUUGAUAAUACUGGUAAGAUUAUUAAUUUAGUAUUGGGUGCUGCAGGAGAAAUUCGUUCAUCAGUUGAUGUUGGUGAUUAUCUACAAAAUAUGACAUUUACUGGUGUUACACAAACGUUAGAAAAUGGAAAUAUUAUUAAACAAUAUACUUAUCCACCACCAGUCGGUUCAUCUCAAAUAGAUAAUAGACUUGUCAAUAUAGUUUUUAAUUCACUUGGUCAGGUCUUAGGUACAACUGUCGUUAAUCCUGUAUCAACACCAACAACUACUACCGCCAGUAGUACAACAGCUGUUACUACUACAACAUAA